AUGAAUUUUAUCAAUUGCUUAGAUUUAAGCCAAUAAAUAGUGAAAUAGAUUUUUCGAAGUAAAUACAAAUCCAGAGUAGAUGCUAAUUUUAAUAUUGAAUGCAAUUAAAUACGUAAGAAAUGGAACAAUAAUGGAUAAAACCAUAUUGUAAUCUAAUUUUAUUUAUGCAAAUCAAGAAAAUAAUAUUUAGUUGAAGAAUGGAACAUCAUUAGCAUAUAAUAAUAAAUUAAUGACAACAUUUAAGAGCAAUUCUAAAAAUGUGAAUAACUUGCAUCAUCAACUCCUUUGUGUUAGAGAUAAGACAAUUAAAUUGAUAACAUAAUUCAUUUGAAUGAAAAUAAACGAACAGAUUGGAUUGAACCUAGAUUAAUAUUGACAAAUUAAUUGCAAUUAUCAAAUAAGUUGACUAUAAAUGUGGCUUAUUUAUCAAACUUAGAUGUGAUAGAUAGAGAUAUUGAAGAAUCAACAAAAGAUUCAUUGGCAUAUCGAAGAGACAGAUUUUUAUCAGAUGAUAUUCAAUAAAGUAUGUAUGUAUAAAUAUAAAAAUGAAGAUAAUCGAUUGAGAAGAAGUACGGAUAUUGAUGGAGUAAGAUAAUAUAAAAAGAACAAAGAAAUAUUAAGCAAAGUGAUGAAUAGGAUGAAUGACUCAUUUUGUAAGAUAUAAUUUUUUAUGAUUAGCAUCUACAUCAAGUAAAAAUAAGUCUACCUAACUAUUGACAAUAAUAAACAAGAAAGAUGAUGUUGAAAUCCUGUCUUCUCCUGAGGAUGCUUAAAAAAUAAUAGAUGAGGAUGAGAAUGGAGAUUAUGAAAUUUAAAUGAUAAUUGAUGAAGAACCAAUAGUAAAAGGUUAAACUGUGAUAAUAAAAUCAUAGUAAUAACGAUUACAUCCAAUUGUGGAUUAUAUUUUCAAAUUGAGAAAUAAGAAACACAAUUAUAAUACUUAAUUAUUUGAUACCAUGAAUUUUGUUAAGAAUUAUUACUGA